CAAUUCCUUAUCCCCACUGGCCACUCAGCGACCCUGACCUGGCUUCUAUCCAUCCCACCUAUCCGAUCUGUUCUCGGAGACCUACCCAAGUCGUACUUUUACGAGCUCGAGCAGGACACCGCUCUUCCACCGCCCCUGGACAUCACCCAGUCAGGUCAGAUCGACUGGCCAGCUCUCGAGCCGGACCGACUCCGAGGGCUUGCUGACGCCUACUUCGAGCAUGUCGCGGCUCAUCUUCCCCUUCUGGGCAGAGAUAAUUACGAGAGGCUGCAGGACGAAGUGCUCCGCAACGGACCCUCGCAGGAUAUUGAUACAGCCAUAUGCCUGUCUGUAUGGGCUCUUGGUUGUAUCGCAUCCAACUCUGGCGUGGCCGCCGUACCAGAGUCGUCAUCCACUGACCCGAACCAGGAUCUGGGUCUCAGCUACUUUGCUAUCGCUCUGAGGAUCACCUUAUCAAAAUCAGUAUGGGGGUUCACUGCAAACCUGCAUACCUGUCAGGCUCUGGUUCUGGCAGGUGUAUAUUUUUGUUAUCUCGGGCGACCUUUACAUGCCUGGAAGAUGAUCCAUAAUGCUGGGCAGAAACUACUGGAAAGGAUCAACAAAAUCAUCGGAUCCCUCUACUCCCCGGAUAAUGUUGAUAUCACCCUUCUCGCAGAGCUCGGCCCGGUGCCGAACAAUACAAGUCUCAACCAGCUCAUCACCUUAAGCUCGGAACUGAACAGACAACUAGAGCAA